CGUUAAUGGCAGACGCCAAAGUUGGCACAGACAGCAGCGACAGUUCGUAGCGCAAGAGGACGGACCAUUUUCACAUGCGAACCGCGAGUGAAGACCAUGCACCCUCCAUAGACACCGCGCCUCUAUCACCUCCCCUCCACCCUGCACCCCUCAGCGAUACGAUACGUCAUCUGGGCGACAGAAACAUACCGACACUUCCACCAUGGAUGCUGCCCAGCUGUCAACCCAGCUUCAUGCUCUCUCCGACUCGAUAAAAGCGACCAACUCCCUCAUCAACAAGCUUGCCAAGCUCCAGUUCCAGCCCGGCUCCGAACCUCUAGAAGGCGAAAGCGUGGUACGGAUCGAACUUGCCCAGGAUAUACACGAUAGCCUCAAGCAACUAGAAGAAGAGCUCGAAUUCCUGCACCAAGAGGCCGAAGACUACAAGGCACAAUCGUCACAACGGAAACGACGUGACUCCCGAGCGGGCGAAGAAGCGCGUCUCGCCGCAAAAGUUGCACGAAUAGGCGAAGAACUUCUCCAUUCGAGACAACAGUUCCGAAACGCACAACUAGCUGCGAAGCUUGCCAGCGAGAAAGCAAAGCGGGAAGAACGAGAAGCGCUGUUGGACAUAUACCGAAGAGAAGCAGAUCAUCUCGAUACACCGCCCGGAGAAGCAGCGGACGGUACGAAAUUGAGUGCCACAGAAGGACUAUUUGCACGCAGGAGUAAACAUCAACAACAGAAGCAACUGUCCAAGGAUCAGCUAUUAGUGAACGCCACGACCGACGUAACAGCUGCCUUACGAAGAACGCACCAACUGCUCAGCACCGAGCUAGAUCGCUCACGUUUCGCGCAGGAAACAUUUGAGGAAUCAACAGCUGCUUUGAGGAACUUGAGCGAGGAUUACAGCAAUCUCGACACUAUCCUCAGCACUUCGCGUAACCUCCUCGGAACUCUCUUGAGGAGUCAAAAGAGCGACACGUGGUACCUCGAAACAGCCUUUUACAUCCUCAUCGGCACAUUGGUCUGGCUGGUAUUUCGCCGGCUCGUAUACGGACCAUUCAUCAAACUACCGCUGUGGUUCUUGAACUUUUCCAUCUUUCUCGCCAAGUGGAUCUUCUUUAAACCCCUCUUCGCUAUCCUCGGAUCAAUAGGCCUCGCCUCGAGAUCCAGCGCCUCUACAACAUCCGCACUCUCCUCAAGCAUCGCAGCAUCAUCUUCAACUCGUCCUCCACUCAUUGUGCAACCCAGCGCACAAGGUCAAGCGGAACCCCUUCCCUCAGACUUCCGCGAGCGCAUCAAAUCAGGCGGAGUCCGAGCCGGUGCAGGUGGAGCAGGUGCGAAGGUCGGCAAAAGUCCAGAACUCGAGCGUAAGCAGCAGCAGCAGCAGCAAAUUCUCGACGACGAACUGAGUGAAAGCAUCGGCAAAAUGGCUGAAGAAAGUGGAAAGCAGAAUCAGCAAGGACACCAAGAAGAGGAGAAUGUGGUAAGAAGAGGUGAUGGAACGAUCCUGAGGGACCGAGGGGAAGACGAGCCGAAGAACCCGAAGAAGAAGAAUUUCGAGGCCGAUGUUGAGGAUCAGAAGCAGGAAGAGGCUACGAAAGAGAAGGCGAGGACGAAGAGGGACGAGUUGUAGUAGCAGUUCAUAGUUUAUGAACGACGACAUGCGAUGGCCCAUGUCGCUAUUCUCUGUCCGCCAUAUGUUCGGCUCCGAACUAUAUC